AGCUGAAUGUUUCGAUAGUUGCGUGGGCAUAACUUACGAACUUAAGUGAGCUUCCGCUCUUUUUACCGUUUGACAGCCACACAACACGUUUGUCACGGCACUCACACUUCAGCCGCACGCAUCCUGAAAAGACGCACUCCAGAACAGCUAGACACACCCCCUUCGUCCUUUGCGGCAUCUUUGAGCUGGAAAUUGAUCAGUUGAAGUGCUGCUGUAGCUAUCACCAUCCGCCUACCUCGACAUACACUACCCUGCGCGUUAAGACUGGCAGGCUGCUGUACUGGUACUAUGGAGGAGAAACCUAAGCAUGAGAGCGCCUCGAAGGGACAGGAAUCAAUGUCCUACCAGCGGAGAAUGUGGAAGAAUUUUCAAGAUAGAACCAAACCGUUUUUGAGCCCCAAAUUGGGCACUGAACGUCGCAGUCCCGACAGUAAAAAGGAAACGGGGUUAUGGAUGUUCAAAAGGAAAAAGAAAGAGUUAGAUCGCGUCUUUUCGUCUUCACAGCCCAAUCUGAGCUCUACCCCGGCGCGUGUCCCCGCUGACAAGUCCCUCAGCGGUUUAGGGGACUCCGGUAGCUGCAUCUCAGGGCAACCUGUGCAACAGCUACUGGGGACCGAUGGAGCGACCGCGAGCAAGCCCGAGCUAACGGGUCACGGAAGCCCAAAGCUUAUCGUCUCACAUUCGAUCCUGUCCCAACAGAAGAGCUCCUCUCUCGGUUCGGAAUGUUUCGAGAAGCUGGUAGUCGAAUCUUCGGUCACAGGAGAGGAGGAACAGCAGCGCAAAAACGUCAGUGAUUCUGGCAUCAACAUCCUGGGGCCUGGUAAUGCUGAGACGGCCCCUGCUGCCAAACCAGAGAUGUACCAGUUGGACAUCAUAUUGAAGAGGGGGAACAACCUGGCCAUCCGGGACAGAGGAGGAACAAGUGAUCCAUAUGUGAAGUUUAAGAUUUCGGGGAAAGAGGUGUUCCGGAGCAAAACCAUCAAUAAGAACCUAAACCCAGUCUGGGAUGAGAGAGUCAGCCUACUGGUGGACAACCUCAGGGAACCGCUCUACAUCAAAGUGUUUGACUAUGACUUUGGGCUCCAGGAUGACUUCAUGGGUUCUGCCUACCUUUACCUGGAAUCUCUGGAACACCAGAGGACCCUGGAUGUGACCCUUGACCUUGAGGAUCCCCAGCACCCAGACCAUAACCUGGGAUCUCUGGACCUGGGGGUCACACUGUCACCCAAAGAGGGAGUCUCCAGGGAAGCUACUGUGCUUUUGACAAGGAGCUGGAAACGAUCCAGUAAGCAGCAGCAGCAUCCCAGUAUGCGCCUGUCAGAUGUCCACCGGAAGGCCCAGCUGUGGAGGGGUAUAGUCAGUAUCAGUCUGAUCGAGGCUCGUGACCUGCGACCUAUGGAUGCCAAUGGCCUCAGCGACCCCUAUGUCAAGUUCAGAAUGGGCCAUCAGAAAUAUAAGAGCAAGAAGAUUCCCAAGACGUUGAAUCCCCAGUGGAGAGAGCAGUUUGACUUCCAUCUCUAUGAAGAGCAUGGAGGCUUCAUCGACAUCACCGUCUGGGACAAAGACGCGGGCAAGAAGGACGACUUCAUGGGAAGGUGUUCCAUAGACCUGUCCCAGCUGAGUAAAGAGCACACUCAUAAGCUGGACCUUCCGCUGGACGAGGGGGAGGGCGUGUUGGUUCUGUUGGUCACACUAACCGGGGUAGCGGCCGUGUCCAUCUCGGACCUGUCGGUCAACAUGCUGGACGACCCGCACGAGAGGCACCAGAUACUGCAGAGAUACGGUAUUCUGAGGUCGUUCCACAACCUGAAGGAUGUGGGUGUGGUCCAAGUGAAGGUCAUCAGAGCGGAGGGGCUGAUGGCAGCGGACGUCACGGGUAAGAGUGAUCCUUUCUGUGUGGUGGAGCUGAGUAACGAUCGGUUGCAGACACACACCAUCUACAAGAACCUCAACCCUGAGUGGAACAAGGUCUUCACCUUUAAUGUGAAGGACAUCCACUCGGUGCUGGAGGUAACGGUGUACGAUGAGGACCGGGACCGGAGUGCUGACUUCUUGGGGAAAGUCGCCAUCCCUUUACUAAACAUUCAAAAUGGUGAACGGAAAGCCUACGGCUUGAAAAGCAAGGAGCUGACAGGGCCAACCAAAGGGGUCAUCUUCCUCGAAAUAGACGUGAUUUUUAAUGCUGUGAAGGCUGGCCUCAGGACACUGAUACCCAUAGAGCAGAAAUACAUUGAGGACGAGCCCCGCGUAUCUAAACAGUUGCUGCUGCAGAACUUUAACAGAGUCAGACGCUGCAUCCUGUUCCUUAUAAACGUCGGCUGCUACGUCAACAGUUGCUUUGAAUGGGAUUCGCCUCAGAGGAGCAUCUGCGCCUUUCUGCUCUUUGUUCUGGUAGUGUGGAACUUUGAACUCUACAUGAUUCCUCUGGCUCUGCUGCUGCCGUUGGUCUGGAGCUAUAUCCUCAUUGCUUCGGGGAAGGACACCAGGCAAGAUCUGCAGGUCAUGGAGGACUUGUUGGAGGACGAGGAUGAGGACUACGAUAAAGAUGACAAGGUGCCUAACCCUGGCUCAUCGGAGGACUGGCAACAGCCCGCCAGCCAUGUCCUUGAGGAUAUGUUGGCUUCCUGGCACUUUGAGUGGAUACAGGUGUUAGUGGAUCCGGAGAGGAAGAGCUUCAUCAACAAGCUGUACGCCAUCCAGGAUGUGUGCAUCAGUGUGCAGAACGCGCUGGAUGUGGUGGCCUCCUAUGGUGAGAGGAUAAAGAACACAUUCAACUGGACCGUGCCUUUCCUCAGCUGGCUGGCCAUCGCGGCCCUGUGUGUGACCACAAUACUGGUCUACUGCAUCCCGCUACGCUACAUCAUCCUAGCUUGGGGGGUGAAUAAAUUCACCAAGAAGCUCCGUGACCCAUACACCAUCGAUAACAACGAGCUCCUGGACUUCCUGUCCAGAGUCCCUUCAGAUGUACAAGUGGUGCAGUACCGAGAGCUGAAACUGGAUCUCAGUCACAGUCCAAAUAAAAGGAAGAAAAACAACCCGGGGUAGCUGGCCUUUUCCGCCCACUGAAUCCCCCCACCCUCCCACCCGCUCGACUCCAAGGAGCGGAGGAACACUGGUCUGGACCAGCUCAGCUCUCUCCCUCUCUCUGUCUCUCUUUAUCUCUUUUAUCUUUUUAUUCUCUCUAUCUCUGUCUCUUUUGUCUCACUUUUGUUCUCUCUGACUUUAAAUAUAUUUUAAAAGUACUAAUCUCCAGAAGUGUAAUUAGCAUUCCAGAAAGAUCCUAAAAGCAAAAGAUGAAUAUGAUUAUGAAAGUGAAUUCAUGAAAGUGAACCAACCAAGGUGUUAGCAGCUCCGGCUGAUCUAUACAUAUCAUUUAAUCAUCUCGAGGUCAACCACCUGCCUGCCAUACUGUCACAAUGGGCCUGUAUACAUUACAAAAACUGUUCUCUGGGUAUAGGCACGUGCAGAAAUAGAAAACAAACUGUUUUCCCUCCAUUCUUUUUGUAAUAUUGCAAAACUAUUUAUAAAUGUGUAUUAUUUAAUUUGAGAUUAAGUUAUUAUUAUUUUAUUUUGAAUGUAAUAUGUUUUUCUGGCAUAGCCAAAGGCCGAGGUUUGUAUUGUAUAUUGGGGGGGGGGGGGUUCAGGGUCAGUGAAUCCCAGAAUUUCUACUCUUUUCCGGGGGGGUCACAUUGACCUGUCUGUAAUAGUGGGAGGGGUCAUGACUCCCCGUCCCCCCCUAAUUCUACGCCUCUGGGCAUAGCUGUGGUCUUUCUGCUUCAAGCCUCUGUCUGUCCCAACCAGUUAGUGACCAUGCUGAUUAGCUAUUACCCAGUUGUGCUAGCAAACUGCAGAAGAACAUUAACAGUUGUGACUCUGCUCGGAUUGAAAUAAGGUCCUGUUAAUUAUUCUGGCUACCAGUAUGGUUUAUGUGUUGAUGCAGUACUUCUGCAAUAAUGGCGUGCUAAUAGCCUAUUAGAGGACCAGGAGCUGAAACAGAACAGCAGUCAGUCAUGGAAACACACCUUUCAGUAAAAUGUCUGAAGCUGUACAACAUGUGAAGCUACAUGUGUACUGAUUUCAUUUCAGUUACUUGACCUGUCACCAUGAUCCGAUGGUCCUUAACUAUCAAAAUAAAUAAUAAACCCUUUUCAAACAUUUGGUAACUAGUCAAUUAACACACAGAAAUAAACAAUGUGUUUCAAUUCAACACAGGGGCAGUCCUACAGUAAAACUGUAUGCCCUUCAUCCAGUCUUCACCACCAUCAGUAGGUCAGAUCAGUGUUUUUCUACCACGAAACAGAGCGCGAUUUCCUCGGCGAAGGCAGAUGAGUGAGGCUGGCUGCUCUGCUAAUAUAGAUGUCACCCCGUGCAGACAGAAUUGUCAGGCAGGCCUUAGGCAUCAUGAGCGGUAAUCUAAUUUGAAAGGCUGGUCUCCUCUGCCUCAGUGGGCACAUGCACACACACAUGCACGCACACCCACACAAACAACAGUCCAACAAUUUGCCCCAGGCUAGUCGCCCUCUCCAUCUGCCCCAACUUGUGUGCCUACAGCUUAACUUUGAGCUCUCGUUCAAGGGACGUGUGUAUGUGUGUGGAGAAACUGGGGCCGGAGACGGCAGGGCUGUGUGAAAAGACUCUUAGAGAACUGGGACCGGAGACGGCAGGGCUGUGUGAAAAGACUCUUAGAGAACUGGGGCCGUAGACGGCAGGGCUGUGUGAAAAGACUCUUAGAGAACUGGGACCGGAGACGGCAGGGCUGUGUGAAAAGACUCUUAGAGAACUGGGGCCGGAGACGGCAGGGCUGUGUGAAAAGACUCUUAGAGAACUGGGACCGGAGACGGCAGGGCUGUGUGAAAAGACUCUUAGAGAACUGGGGCCGGAGACGGCAGGGCUGUGUGAAAAGACUCUUAGAGAACUGGGGCCAGAGACGGCAGGGCUGUGUGAAAAGACUCUUAGAGAACUGGGGCCGGAGACAGCAGAGCUGUGUGAAAAGACUCUUAGAGAACUGGGACCGGAGACGGCAGGGCUAUGUGAAAAGACUCUUAGAGAACUGGGGCCGGAGACGGCAGGGCUGUGUGAAAAGACUUAGAGAACUGGGGCCGGAGACGGCAGGGCUGUGUGCUUGUGUGAGUGCACCCUUUUUUCAAAUCCCUCCCAUCAUCCCCCUCUCUUUCUCCCCCUCUCUCGUUCGUCAGAGCUUGGGGUCGCGGCCCUGUCUGAACGGGAAGUCUCAUGGGUCUCUCCCAGAGCAUCUGUUGAAAGAUCACAGCGCAGCCUUCCAGUCGUCGUCGUCCUCCCCACAUUCCACUCUCCCGCCAUCCUUUAAACUUUAUCAAGCGUAGAUGUGUCACUUUGGAAGGCCAUUGAUUUGGUUUGUCUGGAGGAAUGCACUUGAAAGACAGUAACAUGCUCCCUGGAGAACAGGAGAUGCUGCCGACAGACGGGGUAUAUCAUCCUCAAUCACAGACAGGGGCGUUUGUGUGUUUUGGUACUGCCUGGAGGGACAUUCUGAAAACCUGAAUAUGUAUGUGUGUACCACUGUAUGUGGUUUCAUUUACAGUAACUGUGGUGGAUGUUGUGCGUGGUCUGGCAUCCAAAUGCUUUCAUGACAUUUUAUUUGUUUGCAAGUUAAUGAAAGUGAUUGUUUUUGGGGGGUUUUGGGAUGAAAUGCUAAACAGAAUGUAUCAAUGGACGGAAAGGCAUUUAAAAAGGCACCUAGAUUUGCAACCAUUUUUUUUUACCUGUAUUUUUUUUAUGAUGUACAUAGUAGUCAUUUAUUUAUGGUUUUAUGGUCUUUUUUUGUAAUAUGCUUGUAAAUGGUCUAAUGUUAACUGAAGAUCUUGUAUAGGUGUGUGCCUGUGUCUAUUAUCUUUUAGGUCCUUUUCGCCUGCUGUCUUGCCUGUGAAAUCGUCUUCACUUUCCCAGUCCUGGCCAAUGGUUUUAAAGGAUUUGGGUUGGGUGGAGAAAGAUGAGUAUAUAAUAUAUAUAUAUAUCUCUUAUAUGACCAAAAUGCUUCUGAUGUAUGUCGGUUAUUUUGAAAAACAUGAAAAACAAUAAAUAUUUUUUAUCAUCUUUGAA